AAAAAGAAGGAAGGUGCUCAGAAAAAGGCUGCUGAUCAAAAAACCAAAGUGCCAGAACCUACUAAGACCUGUUCAAGCCAGCCCCAACCUGCCGGUACCAGUACCAGUACUUCCACCAGCACUAUCUCCAGCAGCAACAAUGGCAAACGUUCAUGUGCCGGUGGCCAGCAGCCAGCUGCAUCCCGUUACCUGCCUCGUGAGGUGCCUCCACGCUUCCGCCAGCAAGAACAGAAGCAGCUAUUAAAGAGAGGCCAGCCAUUGCCUACGGGGACUCUAACCAGUGUGAGCCCAACCCAGGGUGCUGGGCCUGCAGGGGUAAGCCCACCUCCCCUACCUGGAGCCGGAACACAGCAUCAUCCCAGUAAGCUCCAACCAGAUCUCAGUCAUAGUGGAUUGGCAGAUCAUUAUGAAAAUUCCCACUGGGGACAGCAGCCUACUUACAGAAGCGAAGCCAACUGCAGCUGGGAUAAAGUGAUAAUAGAUAGGACUGACAAGGAGGCGUGGCCUUCCAUCACAGGAACAGAGACUGAAUCUGCCUCAGAAUGUACUACAGACACUGACUCUGCCUCCAACUGUGGCUCAGAGAACAGUAGCAUGGCUACAGGGAGUGCCCAGGGCAACUUCACUGGACAUACCAAGAAGACAAAUGGCAAUAAUGGCACCAAUGGCGCACUCGUCCAAAGCCCUUCUAAUCAGAGUGCCCUUGGAGCAGGGGGAGCGAACAGUAAUGGAAGUGCGACCAGAGUGUGGGGUGUAGCCACAGGCUCCAGCUCUGGCCUGGCUCACUGCUCUAUCAGUGGUGGGGAUGGAAAAAUGGACACUAUGAUUGGAGAUGGGAGAAGUCAGAAUUGCUGGGGUGCUUCCAACUCCAAUGCUGGCAUUAAUCUUAACCUUAAUCCUAAUGCCAACCCAGCUGCCUGGCCUGUACUUGGACAUGAAGGAACCGUGGCGACAGGCAACCCUUCCAGUAUUUGCAGUCCAGUCAGUGCCAUAGGUCAAAAUAUGGGCAACCAGAACGGGAACCCAACAGGCACUUUAGGUGCUUGGGGAAACUUGCUGCCGCAAGAGAGCACAGAACCACAAACGUCCACUUCUCAGAAUGUGUCUUUCAGCGCACAACCUCAGAACCUUAACACUGAUGGACCAAAUAACACUAACCCCAUGAACUCUUCACCCAACCCUAUCAAUGCAAUGCAGACAAAUGGACUGCCAAACUGGGGCAUGGCUGUUGGUAUGGGGGCCAUCAUCCCGCCCCACCUGCAAAGCCUUCCUGGUGCUAACGGAUCAUCAGUUUCUCAAGUCAGUGGGGGCAGUGCUGAAGGAAUAAGCAAUUCUGUAUGGGGACUGUCCCCAGGUAACCCUGCCACAGGAAAUAGCAAUUCUGGGUUCAGUCAGGGGAAUGGAGACACUGUGAACUCAGCAUUAAGUGCUAAACAAAACGGAUCCAGCAGUGCUGUGCAAAAGGAAGGAAAUGGAGGAAAUGCUUGGGAUUCAGGACCUCCUGCUGGUCCUGGAAUACUCGCCUGGGGAAGGGGCAGUGGCAACAAUGGCGUUGGUAAUAUCCAUUCGGGAGCUUGGGGCCACCCCAGCCGAAGCACCUCUAACGGUGUGAAUGGGGAAUGGGGAAAGCCCCCAAACCAGCAUUCCAAUAGUGACAUCAAUGGGAAAGGAUCAACAGGGUGGGAGAGUCCUAGUGUCACCAGCCAGAACCCUACCGUGCAGCCUGGUGGUGAACACAUGAACUCCUGGGCCAAAGCGGCAUCUUCUGGAACUACAGCAAGUGAAGGAAGUAGUGAUGGUUCUGGCAACCACAAUGAAGGAAGCACUGGGAGGGAAGGAACGGGAGAAGGUCGAAGGCGAGAUAAAGGGAUUAUAGACCAAGGGCAUAUCCAGUUGCCAAGGAAUGAUCUUGACCCAAGAGUUCUAUCUAAUACUGGUUGGGGACAGACUCCUGUAAAGCAAAACACUGCCUGGGAAUUUGAAGAAUCCCCUAGGUCUGAAAGGAAAAAUGACAAUGGGACAGAGGCCUGGGGUUGUGCAGCUACUCAGCCUUCAAACUCAGGGGGGAAGAACGAUGGGUCCAUCAUGAACAGUACAAAUACCUCUUCAGUAUCUGGGUGGGUCAAUGCGCCACCUGCCGCUGUGCCAGCAAACACAGGUUGGGGAGACAGCAACAACAAAGCGCCAAGUGGCCCGGGGGUUUGGGGGGACUCGAUAAGCUCUACUGCUGUUAGUACUGCUGCUGCUGCCAAGAGUGGCCAUGCUUGGAGUGGGGCCGCAAAUCAGGAGGACAAGUCACCCACCUGGGGUGAGCCUCCAAAGCCCAAAUCCCAACACUGGGGAGAUGGACAAAGAUCAAAUCCAGCCUGGAGUGCCGGAGGGGGAGAUUGGGCAGAUUCAUCAUCUGUCCUUGGACACUUGGGGGAUGGGAAAAAAAAUGGAUCUGGAUGGGAUGCUGACAGUAAUAGGUCAGGGUCUGGUUGGAAUGACACCACAAGAUCUGGGAGCAGUGGCUGGGGCAACAGCACAAAUACAAAGGCCAAUCCAGGUACAAACUGGGGGGAGACUUUAAAACCUGGCCCCCAACAGAACUGGGCUAGCAAACCCCAAGACAACAAUGUGAGUAACUGGGGAGGAGCUGCUUCUGUGAAACAGACAGGAACAGGGUGGAUCGGGGGGCCAGUACCAGUCAAACAGAAGGACAGCAGUGAGGCAACUGGCUGGGAAGAACCCUCUCCACCGUCCAUUCGCCGCAAAAUGGAAAUUGAUGAUGGUACCUCAGCUUGGGGGGACCCAAGCAACUAUAACAAUAAAACUGUAAACAUGUGGGAUAGAAACAACCCGGUCAUCCAGAGCAGUACCACGACCAAUACCACCACCACCACCACUACCACGAGCAACACCACACACAGGGUCGAGACGCCGCCACCGCACCAGGCCAAUACUCAGCUGAAUCGAUCACCAUUGCUCGGUCCAGUUUCAUCAGGCUGGGGAGAAAUGCCUCAUGUUCACUCAAAGACUGAAAACUCUUGGGGAGAACCAUCCUCCCCUUCUCCCCUGGUGGAUAAUGGCACAGCAGCGUGGGGGAAGCCACCCAGCAGUGGUAGCGGGUGGGGAGAUCACCCUGCCGAGCCGCCAGUGGCGUUUGGAAGAGCUGGCGCACCUGGUGCUGCCUCAGCCCUGUGCAAACCAGCUUCAAAAUCUAUGCAAGAAGGCUGGGGCAGUGGUGGGGAUGAAAUGAACCUCAGUACCAGCCAGUGGGAGGAUGAAGAAGGGGACGUGUGGAAUAAUGCUGCUUCCCAAGAAAGCGCCUCCUCCUGCAGCUCCUGGGGGAAUGCCCCCAAAAAAGGACUUCAAAAGGGCAUGAAGACAUCUGGCAAGCAGGAUGAGGCCUGGAUCAUGAGCCGGCUGAUCAAACAACUCACAGACAUGGGCUUCCCGAGAGAGCCAGCAGAGGAGGCCUUGAAGAGUAACAAUAUGAAUCUUGAUCAGGCCAUGAGCGCUCUGCUGGAAAAGAAGGUGGACGUGGACAAGCGUGGGCUGGGAGUGACCGACCAUAAUGGAAUGGCCGCCAAGCCCCUCGGCUGCCGCCCGCCAAUCUCCAAAGAGUCUUCCAUGGACCGCCCCACCUUUCUUGACAAGGAUGGCGGCCUCGUGGAAGAGCCCACGCCUUCACCGUUCUUGCCUUCCCCAAGCCUGAAGCUCCCCCUUUCACACAGUGCACUCCCCAGUCAGGCCCUGGGUGGGAUUGCCUCCGGGCUGGGCAUGCAAAACUUGAAUUCUUCUAGACAGAUACCGAGUGGCAAUCUGGGUAUGUUUGGCAAUAGUGGAGCAGCACAAGCCAGGACCAUGCAGCAGCCGCCACAGCCACCAGUGCAGCCUCUUAACUCUUCCCAGCCCAGUCUCCGUGCUCAAGUGCCUCAGUUUCUAUCCCCUCAGGUUCAAGCACAGCUUUUGCAGUUUGCAGCAAAAAACAUUGGUCUCAACCCUGCACUAUUAACCUCGCCAAUUAAUCCUCAGCAUAUGACGAUGUUGAACCAGCUCUAUCAGCUGCAGCUGGCAUACCAACGUUUACAAAUCCAGCAGCAGAUGUUACAGGCCCAGCGUAAUGUGUCCGGAUCCAUGAGACAACAGGAGCAGCAAGUUGCGCGCACAAUCACUAAUCUGCAGCAGCAGAUCCAGCAGCACCAGCGCCAGCUGGCCCAGGCCCUGCUCGUGAAGCAGCCACCACCGCCACCGCCCCCGCCGCACCUGUCUCUGCACCCCUCUGCAGGCAAAUCGGCCAUGGACAGCUUCCCCUCGCACCCGCAGACUCCCGGCCUACCUGACCUGCAGACCAAAGAGCAGCAGUCUUCACCCAACACCUUUGCUCCUUACCCUCUUGCUGGACUGAACCCAAACAUGAAUGUCAACAGCAUGGACAUGACCAGUGGCUUGUCGGUGAAGGACCCAUCCCAGUCCCAGUCACGCCUCCCCCAGUGGACGCACCCCAACUCCAUGGAUAACUUGCCCAGUGCCGCUUCCCCCCUGGAGCAGAACCCUAGCAAGCAUGGUGCUAUCCCUGGAGGUCUAAGCAUUGGGCCUCCAGGUAAGUCCUCCAUUGAUGACUCCUAUGGCCGGUACGAUUUAAUCCAGAACAGUGAGUCACCAGCCAGUCCUCCCGUAGCUGUUCCCCAUAGCUGGUCACGUGCCAAAUCUGACAGUGAUAAAAUCUCAAAUGGCUCUAGCAUCAACUGGCCCCCAGAAUUCCAUCCGGGAGUUCCAUGGAAAGGACUACAGAAUAUUGACCCUGAGAAUGACCCUGACGUCACUCCUGGCAGUGUCCCCACUGGGCCUACCAUCAAUACCACCAUCCAGGAUGUCAACCGCUACCUCCUCAAGAGUGGAGGGUCCUCCCCGCCAUCAUCUCAGAAUGCCACGCUGCCUUCCUCGAGUGCCUGGCCGCUCAGUGCCUCCGGCUACAGUAGCUCUUUCAGCAGCAUUGCAUCCGCACCUAGCGUUGCAGGUAAACUGUCAGACAUUAAAUCGACGUGGUCCUCUGGCCCUGCCUCCCACACGCAAGCCUCUCUGUCUCAUGAACUGUGGAAGGUGCCCAGAAACACUACUGCACCCACGAGGCCACCUCCAGGGUUAACCAAUCCCAAGCCCUCCUCCACCUGGGGUGCCAGCCCCCUCGGCUGGACCAGCUCCUACUCCUCAGGUUCUGCCUGGAGCACCGACGCCUCAGGAAGAACCAGCAGCUGGCUUGUUCUUCGAAACCUCACUCCCCAGAUUGAUGGUUCUACACUGCGGACAUUGUGUUUGCAACAUGGGCCUCUCAUCACAUUCCACCUGAAUCUGACUCAAGGCAAUGCCGUGGUCCGGUAUAGCUCCAAGGAGGAGGCUGCCAAGGCCCAGAAGUCUCUGCACAUGUGCGUCCUGGGAAACACUACCAUCCUGGCUGAGUUCGCUGGCGAAGAAGAAGUGAAUCGCUUCUUAGCCCAAGGCCAGGCGCUGCCACCCACCUCCAGCUGGCAGUCCAGUAGCGCGUCCAGCCAGCCGCGGCUCAGCGCAGCGGGCAGCUCCCAUGGCCUGGUGCGCAGCGACGCUGGCCACUGGAAUGCCCCAUGCCUGGGUGGCAAGGGGAGCAGUGAGCUGCUGUGGGGCGGGGUGCCCCAGUACUCCAGCAGCCUGUGGGGCCCGCCCAGCGCUGACGACAGCAGGGUGAUCGGCAGCCCCACCCCUCUGACCACCCUGCUGCCUGGGGACCUACUCAGCGGGGAGUCCCUGUAGGAGCUGCCAUCAUCAGCACCAGGAGAGCCGACCCCUCCCGGGACCCCUCCCAGCUGGGCGGCCCCACAGACCCGCUGGAACCCAGCAGCGGCCACCCUUUUGAGUACCUCUGUCCAGGACUGAAGACGAACCUUGGCCGCAGUCCUUGCGAACUGUUCGCAAAACAGUGCGGGCUGCGGUGGGUCAGCGUCACAUGCUAAUGACAGGAUGUUCCUCGUAGCUUUUUAUUUUGUGUGUCUUACGUUUGUAUAGUGUGUUGUCAUUUUGAUUUUUUUUUUUUAAAGUAUAAAAGCUGCUUAGAAUAGUUCUAUCAUGAAGGGCACUUUUCAGAUUGUGGGCUGGAAAGGGUUAUUUUAUCUGUGGGGGAGGGAGGGAGACGUGAAGCCUAUUUAAAAUGAGCCUGUGACGAUUAUGCACAUUACCAGAGGCGGCCGGUAAUCAGGGCAGAGUCUGGUGUGGACCGCCAGGCGCAGAGCGGCUCCGCGGUAGGAGCUGAGCGGAAGGCGUGGGCUGCGAUCUGCUCUCUGUUCCCCUGGAUCCGCCUAUGCACAUUACCCUUGUUUCAUUACUUUUUCAUGUCAUUUUUUUAUCCCAAAAAAUAUUUUUUAAAAGUUAAAAAAAGACAUAUCAAACAUGCAAAUACUUGAAUCCAGCAGGCCAAUAGUGAAAUGUGAACACUUUCUAAUUCUACACUUCCAGGUUGACAUCAGUACACAGAAACAGGCUCUAGGAAAAAUUUCUAAGUUCAUAGCCUCCGUGUGUGUGUAUGUGUGCGUGUUGAAACAGAAGUGUGUGUGUGCGUGUGUGGCGCGUGCUCCUGCACAGCGUGCAUUUUCUGUGUUUGUGUGUUUGAAAGCGUGUGAGGAUUUAACUGUGGGUUUUCCCUUGUAUUCAGUAUAUGCUUUUUUUUUUUGGCGCAUUGGUCAAACGUUUGUUAUUAUUAGCUUCUAACUUUGCACUGAGUGUCCUCGCCCUUCCUUUAGCUAAUCCUAUACAUUACAGAGAAUUCCUAGGACAGGGCUGGCGACAAUUCAUGUGUAAAUGUUUACUCAAGGACUCUGUGACUGCGUUUAAAAAGUACAGUGUAUAUCUCUGGAGAAAUAAUAUGUAUACCUACCUUUAGCAGCUUUUUAUUGUGGACUAAUGCAAGAAAAUUAUUACCAGAGUAUUGCACCAUUUUUCCAUUUGGAAUAUAAAGUUAAAGAGAAAAAAAAAAACUGUUGUUGAACUGUGGCCAUAGAUACUUGUAAAGAAUGGAUGGUUCCGUGGAAGGAACAGAAACAAGCACUUGGGCGUGGGUUGUGACUGCUUUUGGGGGAGCCUGGGGUUUGGGCUCCCACCUGUUUACAGACCUUUUUUCUCCUUCAGACUUUAAAAUUUUAAAAAUUUAAAAAGGAAUUAAAAAAAAAAAAAAAAGACUUCCGUCGUAAAGAAACCUAUUUUCAGAAUGCAGAUGCGCUCCUUCAGAGCUCUGGGACGGGACGGCGUUGUUCCCUCGGCCAUCGUCGUGGACUCUGUCGAUUGCUUUCGCCCCUUCGUCAAGGUGACAGGCGUUGUGGCCACUGUCUUGCACAUGCCGGACGCGCUCUCAGGAAAGCCAGGGCUCCCGAGGGCAGCUCCACACCAUUUCAUGUAUUUUUAAACCCAACUCCUAGCACUGAAGAUGUUAUUUAAAAAAAAAAAAAAACCAACAAAAAAAUGAAAAAAAAGAAAAAGAGGAAAAAAAAAUCACAAAGAAGAAAAAUACCUAAUCUCUAAUGUGUAGCAGUUACAUAUUUACCAAAUAAUGGACUCAAAAGAAAUAGAUGUUUGAAGAGUGCUUUAUAUAUUAAAAAUUGCUUUAUGUUUUAAAAAUGAUCAAUGUUUUGAUUGUUUUGCAAGGAAGAAAGACAAUGGAAUAACAUACCCUCAAGUAUGUUUUAAAAUAUAUAUAUAUGAACAUUGUGCUCCCUGCCUGCUUGAUCAGGAAACUUGUGCAUUACAUUUUUUUUAAUUAGCUUUUUAAUGGUUUUAUCAAAACAAAAAAAAAAUACAAAAAAAAAAAGUCCUGCAAGAUUGCAGAUCCACAAAAGCUGGUUUUAUAGAGGAUCAUGAACUAUGCACAAACUGGGUUCAAGACUUUUUUUCUCAAGUUUAGUAGGAUAUUUAGCAAAACCAACCUUCCUCAGAGUGACUGCAUCUCAUUGCCAUUACAUGCGUUCUAUAUAUUUGAUGGACAUACCUGCGUAUGUAUAUCCAAUAUGUGUGCGUGUGAGCGUGCGUGUGCGUAUGUGCACCCGACAUACCACUUCCCGUGCUGCCGGCGAGCAUUGAGUUGUAGAAAAACUCCUGUUGUUUUAAAAUUGGGGAUGGAAGUCAAGAAUAUGUUUGUUUGUUUUUGGGUUUUGUUGGGUUUGUUUGAGGUUUUUUUUGUUUUUCUUUUUUGUUUGUUUUGUUUUGGGGUUUUUUGACCUUUUAUUUUGAACUUAGUAUGUCUGUAACUCUGAGAGUAAAAAACAAGUUUGUGGCUCUUAAUGUUUUCCUCAUAGAAUGUGAUUGUUGAAGAACAUGCAUCGAAAGUUGCUUUCGAAAGUACAACGCUUUAUUGCAUCUUAAUAAAUUGCAAUUUUUUUUCUUGGCUGUUCAAAGUAAUGUGUUUUUCAUUUUUCAAAACAGAUACUAUGGAUGUCUACUUUGCACGCUGCGAUGGGGAGAGCUGUCCCGCUGCGUGCGUUCCCUCUAUAAUUUCCUCAGAGCUCACAUACGUACCUCUCUCAUGAGUGAACUCAGACUUCCUGUUGUUUUGCUUUAUUCUAUCAUUUGCUUUGUGGUUUUGCUGUAAAUAUUGAAAUCUUAAUCGUUGAGAGGCACAACCGAGCUUUCUAGCUCUCCACCCCCGCAGCCCAUCCGAGUCUGUUCAUCUGGUAACUUCUGUUUGGGACGGCAGCAAGCAGAGGCUGGGGCCCGCCUGCAGUCCUGGCAGAGGAGUGCCACUCACUUUUGCCUAGGGUCCAGUUUGGGCUUAAAAAAUAUUCAAAGAGAAUAAUGAGGAUUUUUUGUGUUUCCUAGACAUUUUAUGCAUUUAUUUUUGUGAAAUCACCUUCGCUAACUUUCACCGAGCACUUUGAGCACAGUGGAACUUCGGAAGCAGCACCAGCCUCACCCCAGAAUCUCAGUUGGCAUAGCUAGAAACUGAGUCCCUUCCUAGGACACUGGCCGUGGCCUUCAGGGUGUCCAGUCAGUGCCACCAGUGUGGCAUUGGUGUUGCAGACCGGCCUCUGAAGACAAACCGAGCACCCCGGCGGCCCCUCACUCAAACUAAGCAAAGGUCUUUUUUCUGUCUCCACUCCCUGGGGAAAGGUCAAAGGUGGACCUGCCCACUUUGAGUCAAUUCCUUCAAAAAGAUGGGACCCGCACCGUGCCACAGGCUGCCCCCUCUCCACCAUGGGGAAGGCGGGGUGCUGCUGGCUCUGACCAUCCUCUUUUGGAAAUUGAGAAGGAAAGCAUUGAGUGGGACCUAAUCUGGAAAAGAAAUUAAAGACCAGAAAAGGAAGCCGGGAAUGAAACUCAAGAUGCACCUGAACCUGGAAGCGGCAACCCUCGGCUCUGCGCGGAGCCUCAGCAAGAGUUCCUUUUGUGCCUGCGUUACGAUGGAGCAAACCGUACCCAUGCCUGUGCGCUGGGAGAACAAGGUCAGCGCCCAAGGGCGUGCAAAGGAUGUGGCAGGCUUCACGGAGGAGGUGGCAUCUGCCCUGGGCCUGGGAGACCAGGUUGGAUUUUGACAGACUGGCAACUCGGGGGACAGAUGGGGAGCACAGUGUAAGCUAAAGCCCCAUGUAGGGACCCCACACAAAGACCUUGUGGGCUUCCAGGGCACCAUCUCCACCCAUGGGUGGGAAGGAGGCUUAAAGAAAACAGGUUCUUCACCUGCAUCUGUGGAUAUUUUUUUUUAUUAAUUUUUUUUUUUAAAUGACAGGUUCAGAGCUGC